AUGGGCCAGGUGUUUAUAUGGUCUACUAUCGAGCCGGCUGUAGCUAUUGUCUGCGCCUGUCUUCCACACCUCGCUCCUUUGGCUCGCCUUGCACAUCACUCAAUGGCGACUGGCGAUCGACAAAAGAAAACGGCAAGCUAUGGCCAUACUUGGAGACUGCAGGGUGAAUCUAGGAGGCAGGAAAGAGAACGCUAUGAUUAUGUGCUGGAUCGAUCGGGGCGCGAUGAAGAAGACGAAAUUGGCCUGACGAGCUAUGUUGUUGCUGGUGUAAAUGAGAGUGACAAGCAAUCUUCGGAGUCUACGGAUGAGAAGCAUAUGAAUCUGCCUGAUCGAUUCAUUUCUGUUCAGUCAACGUUUGAGCAGUCGACCUCGAGGAGAUUGUCACAAUAG